AUGGUUAAACAUAACUGCUGUGCAUAUGGCUGCUCCAACAGCACUGAAAAACAAAAAAACCAUCUGAAAUAUCCAGAACUCAAAGGAAUAACGUUUCACACUUUUCCUAUCGGCGACCGAAAGAAGACUUACGCACCCGGAAUGAAUGAAAACGAGAGAAGAAAAAGGUGGAUAGCUGCUUGUCGUUUAAGCAGUUUAAAUGUCACAAGACAUACAAGAAUUUGUUCAGCACACUUCGAAGGUGGUUUAGGACCCUCAAAGCUUAAUCCUGUCCCAACAAUUUUCAGUUUCCCGACUCAUUUGCAGCCCAAAACCCGACGGAAGCGAACAGAUCCAGAGGAAAGGAGACGAGGAGCUUUGAGCUGCAUACAAAACAAAACCAAGACUGCACCAAGGAGACAAGCAGGUAAAACUGACAAAAACAAGGAAAACCCGGAACCAUUGGGCCUGUCAUCACAACUGCAGGAAACUGCGUGCUCGAGCGACAUGGAUUUUAUUUUUUCUGAAGAGUGUGAGAUUAAAACUGAACAGACACCUGAUUCAAGAUCCCUUGCAGACAAGUGUAUCCAAACCGACCUUACCUGUGAAGAUAUCGACUGCAUGGAAGCAGCCAAAGCUAAACUGGAAAAUAAACCAGAACUGAAGAGAGAAAUGUUUAUAGACGACGUCCUAAAAAGCAACAAGUCCGUGUGUUUCUACACUGGAUUGCCCUCCUAUGCCUGUCUUACGAUGUUGUUUCCCUUUCUGAAACCAUUUGCAAAUGCAAUGAAAUAUUGGGACAACAAGAAAAAGGGACAGAGGGAAACGUAUCAG